AUGGAGGACGACACUGCGUGGAGUGAGGAAAAGGCAUUUUGCUUGAUAGAUGCGUACAGAGUUCGUGAAAUUUUGUGGAACCCGCAAAAUGAAAACUAUUUUAAGAAAAAUCUUAAGCAAGAUGCGUGGUCGGAAAUCGCAAAGUUGAUGUCAAUGACUGUAGAAAAAUGCAACAGCAAAAUUGUUAGUCUUCUCUCUUCAUACCGCCGCGAAAAGCUGAAGGAAAAAAAAUCAAAGGGGACAGGAAAAGGUGCCUCGGAAACAUACAUAAGUCGAUGGUUUGCCUAUGAUGCUUUGAAGUUCUUAGACGACAGGAACACACCGAGAAAGAGAAAAAAUACGGUAUGGAUUAUUCUAUGA